AUGGAGAAAGCGACCACAUCGUUAGUGAGAACAAAAUCAGAACAAUUGGUGGAGACAGUGGCGGCAGCGUUUAAAUCUCCUACGAACAACGAGGGAACUGGGGCUUCCGACGGCGGCAGCGGCGGGACACUCUCAAGGAAGUCUAGCAAGCGGCUGAUGAUGGGAGCCUCACCGGGACGUAGCACUUCGGGUGGUAACAAAAAUACACACAUUAGGAAGUCAAGGAGUGCACAGAUGAAGUUUGAAUUGGAUGAAGUCAGCAGCGGAGCGGCUCUAAGCCGAGCCUCUAGUGCCAGCUUGGGCUUCUCUUUCUCCUUCACUGGCUUCAACAUGCCACCUGAUGAAAUAGCCGACUCCAAGCCUUUUAGUGAUGAUGAUAUACCGGAGGAUCUUGAAGCCGGAACUCGUAAGCCGAAAUUUCAAACAGAACCCACCUUGCCAAUUUACCUCAAGUUCACUGAAGUCACAUACAAGGUGAUUAUAAAAGGAAUGACCUCGGCCGAGGAAAAGGAUAUCUUGAAUGGAAUCAGUGGUUCAGUGGAUCCAGGGGAAGUGUUGGCGCUUAUGGGACCUUCAGGAAGUGGAAAGACAACACUUCUGAAUCUGCUUGGCGGCAGGUUAAAUCAGCCCACUGUUGGUGGUUCAAUCACUUACAAUGACCAACCAUACUCCAAGUUUCUAAAAAGUAGGAUAGGAUUCGUGACACAAGACGACGUUUUGUUUCCUCACCUUACAGUGAGAGAAACGUUGACAUAUGCAGCCCUCCUUCGACUGCCAAAGACAAUGACAAAAGAACAGAAGCAAAAACGAGCCAUAGAUGUCAUCUAUGAGCUAGGCUUAGAGAGGUGCCAAGACACUAUGAUUGGUGGCUCAUUUGUUCGUGGAGUGUCAGGUGGGGAGAGGAAAAGAGUUUGCGUUGGCAAUGAGAUUAUAAUCAACCCUUCAAUCUUGUUUCUUGAUGAACCAACCUCGGGCUUGGAUUCUACAACUGCUUUGAGGAUAGUGCAGCUGUUACAAGAUAUAGCAGAGGGUGGGAAAACAGUGGUAACAACAAUCCACCAGCCAUCGAGUAGACUCUUCCACAAAUUUGACAAGUUGAUUCUUCUUGGGAAAGGGAGUUUGCUCUAUUUUGGAAAAGCAUCAGAAGCAAUGCUGUAUUUCUCAUCUAUAGGUUGCAACCCUCUUAUUGCCAUGAACCCUGCGGAGUUCCUGCUAGACCUUGCAAAUGGCAAUAUAAAUGAUGUUUCGGUCCCAUCCGAAUUGGAGGAUAAAGUGCAAACAGAGAACUCAGAUGCUGAAACAAGAUGCGGGAAGCCAUCUCCUGCGGUUGUACAUGAGUAUCUCGUGGAGGCCUAUGAGACACGAGUUGCAGACCAAGAGAAGAAGAAACUUAUGGUUCCCAUACCCCUUGAUGAAGAAGUGAAGUCAGCAGUAUCUUCCCCAAAGCGACAAUGGGGGGCAAGCUGGUGGCAACAAUAUACGAUAUUGUUCUGCAGAGGAAUCAAAGAAAGGCGGCAUGACUAUUUUAGCUGGUUGAGAAUCACCCAAGUUCUCUCUACUGCAAUCAUCUUGGGAUUACUAUGGUGGAAGUCAGAUAGUAAUAGCCCCAAAGGUCUGGAAGAUCAGGCAGGACUGCUAUUCUUCAUUGCUGUAUUCUGGGGAUUUUUUCCUGUGUUCACUGCAAUCUUCACAUUUCCCCAAGAAAGAGCCAUGUUGAGUAAAGAACGAGCAGCUGAUAUGCUUGAGAAUGAGUGCUGCUCCCUUUUCCUAACCAUGCUCACUGUUUUUCUCAGCAUUGUUGCUGCUCAGGGACUCGGACUAGCUAUUGGGGCUACCCUGAUGGACUUAAAGAGGGCCACAACUCUGGCUUCAGUUACUGUGAUGACCUUUAUGCUGGCUGGAGGGUAUUUUGUGAAGAAAGUUCCAGUAUUUGUAUCUUGGAUCCGCUACAUGUCUUUCAACUAUCACACCUAUAAGCUUCUCCUCAAGGUUCAGUAUGAACAUAUGACCCCAGCUAUAAAUAGUACGAGAAUAGACAGUGGUUUGACAGAAAUUAGUGCCCUGGUGGGAAUGGUUUUUGGCUACCGUCUCUUGGCUUAUAUUUCCUUGCGGAGAAUGAAGCUUGGUGCGUAG